UCCAUUAACUUUUGACCAUCAUGCUUGUUUGCUAUAGUGGAGGAGGUUAAACAGAAGUGGAAAAGCUUACGUGAUACAUAUAUAAGAAAAAAACGUGAGGAUGAUUGCAAAAGUGGACAGGCCGCUAAAGAAAAGAAGCCAUGGAAGUUCAUGAAGGUGAUGGAGUUCCUCGCGACAUCAACUGAGUUUCGAAGUGUUCACAGCAAUGUUUCUGAUGUAAACAUGGGUGGAGUGGAGGUACAAAAUGAUGUGAGUGACGGUGAGGAGGCACCAGCAAGUACAUGUUCCAGCUCAUCUAUCGCCGGCACUUCAACAGGAUCAUCCAUUGCCAGCUCGCCUAGAGAAUCAUACAGCACCAGCCCAAGUAUGACAAGGUCGAAAUUAGGGAAAAGAAAACUGUCCGAGACACCAGACUUCUUGGAGAGGUACCUCCUAUCCAAGGAAUCCAGAGAAAGAGAGAAGGAGGAACGAAAAAGAGAGAAGGAGGAACGAAAAAGAGAGAAGGAGGAGCACAAAAGAGAGAAAGAGGAGCGCAGAGAUCAACGAAAAGAGCAACUAAAAGAUGACAAUUAUUUAUUUGCUCUUGGCUUGGUACCCACACUUAGAAGGUUGUCUCCAGCACAACAGUCUUCGGUCAAACUGAAGAUACAUCAGCUGUUGCAUGAUGCUGAGUUUGGCCAGUCAUCUUCCUUAUUUUCGAAUCAGUCGCCUGUGUCGUACCAUCAGGUCACCCCUCAGACCCCAACAAACUAUGGCCACUCUGCUAGUACUUGGCCACACUGUUAA